CUCCCGGGCCCAGCGCGUACCAGUCUGGGGCUCCCCAGGCGGCCUCUCGUGCGGCCGGGGGCGCGCAGGGCCAGGAGAGCGACGCGGGGCCCCUGUCCUGGGCGCCGGAGUUUGGACGAGGGUGGCUCGCCACCGCCCUAGAGCGAGAGCGCGGGCGGAGCGGGAGGGGGGCGCGCUCGCUAGCCCGCCGCCUCGCUGCCUCCCCGGCGCUCACUGCGGCUCCUGGGUGUGCUGGCUGCUCCUCCCACCCGCGCCCGCCUUCUGGCUCGCUGGCUGGCUCGCUCAAGCCGGUUUCCAAGCCCCGUGGUGCGCCUGGGCGAGUGGGGGCGAGGGGCCCCGGGGCCAGCGCCGAGCCGGGGGCGGGGGUCCGGGCAGAGCGCAGCCGCCCGGGGAGGGGCCAUGUCCGGCGCGGGCGCGACGGGGCCCGUCUGCAGCAAGUGACUGAGCGGCGUGCACGGCCGCCUGCCCCCUUCAGCCACCUGGAGCGGCGCGGGCCCCGGUGCCGGGUGCCCGGGUUGCGCGUAGAGCCGGCGCGAUGCACGUGCGCUCGCUGCGCCCCGCGGCGCCGCACAGCUUCGUGGCGCUCUGGGCGCCCCUGUUCCUGCUGCGCUCCGCCCUGGCUGACUUCAGCCUGGACAACGAGGUGCACUCGAGCUUCAUCCACCGGCGCCUCCGCAGCCAGGAGCGGCGGGAGAUGCAGCGCGAGAUCCUCUCUAUCUUGGGCUUGCCCCAUCGCCCGCGCCCGCACCUCCAGGGCAAGCACAACUCGGCGCCCAUGUUCAUGCUGGACCUGUACAAUGCCAUGGCGGUGGAGGAGGGCAGCGGGCCCGACGGCCAGGGCUUCUCCUACCCCUACAAAGCCGUCUUCAGCACCCAGGGCCCCCCUCUGGCCAGCUUGCAAGAUAGCCACUUCCUCACUGACGCCGACAUGGUCAUGAGCUUCGUCAACCUGGUGGAACACGACAGAGAGUUCUUCCACCCGCGCUACCACCAUCGGGAGUUCCGGUUCGAUCUCUCCAAGAUCCCAGAAGGGGAAGCUGUGACCGCAGCCGAAUUCCGGAUCUACAAGGACUACAUCCGGGAACGCUUCGAUAAUGAGACGUUCCGGAUCAGCGUUUACCAGGUGCUGCAGGAGCACUUGGGCAGGGAGUCAGACCUGUUCCUGCUCGACAGCCGCACCCUCUGGGCCUCGGAGGAGGGCUGGCUGGUGUUUGACAUCACGGCCACCAGCAACCACUGGGUCGUCAACCCGCGGCACAACCUGGGCCUGCAGCUCUCCGUAGAGACGUUGGAUGGGCAGAGCAUCAACCCCAAGCUGGCAGGCCUGAUUGGGCGGCACGGGCCUCAGAACAAGCAGCCCUUCAUGGUGGCCUUCUUCAAGGCCACGGAGGUCCACCUGCGCAGCACCCGCUCCACGGGGGGCAAGCAGCGCAGCCAGAACCGCUCCAAGACGCCCAAGAACCAGGAGGCCCUGCGGGUGGCCAACGUGGCAGAAAACAGCAGCAGUGACCAAAGGCAGGCCUGUAAGAAGCACGAGCUUUACGUCAGCUUCCGAGACCUGGGAUGGCAGGACUGGAUCAUUGCGCCUGAAGGCUAUGCCGCCUACUACUGUGAGGGGGAGUGUGCCUUCCCUCUGAACUCCUACAUGAAUGCUACCAACCAUGCCAUCGUGCAGACACUGGUCCACUUUAUCAACCCAGAUACGGUGCCCAAGCCCUGCUGCGCUCCAACUCAGCUCAACGCCAUCUCUGUCCUCUACUUCGACGACAGCUCCAACGUCAUCCUGAAGAAAUACAGGAACAUGGUCGUGCGGGCCUGCGGCUGCCACUAGCACCUCCCAGAAGUCAGACCCUUUGGGGCCACGUUUCUCUGGACCCUGGGUCCUCCCACCGCCCAACCUUGGCAAGGCACCUGUGGCCCACCCGCCUCUGGCGAGACCUUCCCUUCCCCUCCCCUACUUGAAUGGUGCAGGAGUGACAAGGACCGUGAGAGGCAAACGGCUUUGGAUCAGUCUUUUGUGAGCAUCCUGUGGACAAGAUCCUACAAGCUGCUGCAGGCCAAACCUCACAGGAACGUAUGAUAUCUAUAAAGAAAAAUUGCCUGGCCACAGUCAUUGGCUGUAAAGCCUCAGCCGUGUGCUGACUCGUUCCCAGGGGUAGUGAGCGCCCUUCUGCCAGGCCGCCCAGCAGCGGGAGGAAGCCGGUGCGGAGAGGGGUGGGCACGUCUGUGUCUGUGCUAGAGGAAAACCGAGACGGAAGUUCCUGUAAUAAAUGUCACAAUAAAACGAAUGAAUGAAAAUGGU